GUGCGCAAGAGGAGAAAUUAUCAACUCAAAAUGGAAGACUUACACGGUGGCACAGUCGUCACUCAUCCAGGAUGGGUUGGCUUGGCUGCCACGCAUUCACUUCAGCGCUGAGAACGCGUGCUACGGCGACGUGCAUAAUUGCAGACGCCCCAGCUUUCAAAGCCUGUGAGACGAAGCAGCCGAUGACGGGACAUGUUGUCUUAUCUACCCCCUGAUGAGUUCUUACUUGUCCAACUGAAUUGGUAUUCUUGCAUCUACCAGCGAACCUACAACACCGGUCAUGUAUCCAACCCACGAUGGUCUCAUGCCGCCGUGGCCGCUCUCCAUUCUACUACUUGCUAGAUAUGUACAGAAAACCCGUUGACGUUUGGGCUUGACUUUGAACAGCAGCCUCGUGCGAGAAGGAAACAUAUCCACCUCUUUCUUAGGCACGGGAAAACGCCAGCACGGCAACUACGAAAGAACUGUUACAUGGCUGAGCCCGAAGUGCCCAUCCUUCGCACGCGUGCCACUCGUACGACCACCUUGUCAGUGAACUUUUUUAUUCUCGUGAUUACUAGUUUCUACUGCCGCCCACCCUAGUUUCGAUAAAGUGGCGUACACGUUGUUUCCGAUGUGCAGUGGUAACGCACCAAUGUGUACCGCAGUCUCUCCCCCCACUGGGCUAGUAGAACACGACACGGGGAAAACACCAACCGAAGCGUUUCCGCAUUCUCGUUUUGUUAGUAGCGAGUUUGAUUAUCCACCCUUUUCCGUUGACAUUCUCGCCUCCAACGGCUAUCACCGCUGAACUACAACAAACGGUACCCCCGAGUGGUCCUCACACCAGCCUCCCGAUCCGCCGCACAGACCGCGCGGAAUAAGCUGAAUGAUGUAGCCUUCACGCCCAAAGAUGACAAAGGAAACCUUCUAUCUGCGUAAUACUCUUGGAUUCCCGCGUGCUUUCAUCUUUUUUCAAGACGUUCGCUGGCCGUACUACAACGGGCAACCCCUCUCAAGUGAGUAUGGCAGCAAACAACAAGUUGGCCUUCCCGAGCUGCCGCAACAGAUGCAUGCCCCAGCGGGUUUUCUAUUUGUCGCCGUGUAAACACCUGUUUCUAAAGGACGGAUACUUGUGGUCUGCGCAAAUAUGCUGGCUUCAGUUUCGCAAAAAAUGGUUUCAAGAAGACGGGCGAAGGCGGUGCCGUAGAAUGCCGUGGACACAGAAUCCCGGCAGGGGUGUUUGUCGGCAGCGCACGGAUCGUGGGAGGAGACGUGUGACGCGGGGACUAGGAAACGGGGGCUUUCUCGAACUGGAGAGUUAGCCCUUUAGGCAGAGAGCGACCAUCGACGCGUCAACUUUGCGCUGGCAGGGCGAGGGAGUGCACCCGGUAUGAUCCAGAGGGUUGGCGAAAAGAACUCUUGCAGAGCGCGACCAGCGCACAAGAUGCGCCGUGUCUGUUGCGUGCUCCGAUUGCUACAGAACAAAUGACAUGUUGCAUAUGACCAGGGCGGAAAAGCUCACGUUCAUCUGGUGCAUGCCGUACGAACUGCAACGUAGUGCGUACCAGUAUUUUUCACUUUCUAGCUUUGUGGUGCUUCCUCCCGCAGGACAGUCCACUUUGUAGCACGUGUUUUGUCGAAAUUCACCGCUGUGGGCGGCGGAGGCGAUUCCGGCGCAGUUGUUUGCAUUCUCUGAAUCAAAGCUCGAAUGUUCUUGUCUCAAAUUUCGCGUUUCAGUUUUCCUUUGCUUGAGGAAAAUUUCGGAGUGUGAAGUUGAUAAACUUCUGGCCCUCUGACCUGGGGAUCGGCGGGCGGGAGCAGCAUCGUCACGCGUCCGCGGCUCGUCGCAGGGUUGAGGAAUUGGCGCUUUACGUAGUUGUGGAAUUUCCCUUUCAGUUAGACCCAGCGCUGCCUUGGUGUAGUUUUGAGGAGGGCGCUUUUGUUUCGAUUCGGCGUCUGCCGUCGAGAGGAAACUAAGCGAAUUCAUUCCCUGCUUCGAGCAAUUGCUCCCCAUCCAGGUCCUGUACACAGCGGUACGGCAUCUUCCCCGCGUGGAGGGAUGAUGGACACGCUUGCUCUUGCUCCCCGUUGUUUGAUAUCGUGGACAGCCGUGAUUGUUUUCCAGGAGCCGACUGAAUGAAGAAAAACUUUUCCGUAGCUUGACGUGCUGUUCGUUUGCGAGGGCGUCGUGAGAGGACCACUUUCGUACGUUCUGCUCUUCUGUCGAGGGAGUUCUGCCACUUGGCAGCCGUUUCACUCGUUUGUGUUUCCGAAGGUUUUUUAAUGUAGAUACUGAGAGACAACACGAAGUCUGGUCACCGCAAGGCAAGAAUGUUUUUCAACCUAAGACCGAUGGAAGUUCUGAUUAUUUUGCUGCAGCGGUCUCUGUUGUUGCCCGAUCUGUGGCGGGCUUGUUCGUGCAUCACUUGGAAGUGAAUGGACCAUUCGUAACCACGUUUUUUUGUCAGAGUGUUCGAUUUCUUCUUGGCCGUUGCGAAAGCCACUGUCUGUUGAAUGCGCCCUGUAGUUGUAAGUGCAUCUCAUUUGUGCAGUCCUUUUCGUAGUCGCCGUCUUGUGUGUGUGUGCGCACCCCCCUCCAGUCGAAUGCGUCACAGACCAUCUGUGCGUUUGACUGCCGUCUCACGCAUUUGAAGUUUUGUUGGGGGACUCUGUGACUACGAAGGGGCUUGUGGAACAGCGCCACGCGUUAGCUCUUUGCGAUCAAAGGUAUCCCUUUUGUUAACAGCAGGGGUUCGAUUUUGGUGUUCUCUAUGUUGCUUUCGGUUCAAAUACGGCGCAGCUGUGCCAUUUGCUCUCCACUAGUUCGUGCUUGCUUUUUGGAAAGGGAUUGUAUCAAGCAUCUCUAGUAACCGACCUUUUAUGCAUAAGACCAGAGUCGACACAUUCCAGAGGUUGCAUGUGGAGGGGCUACGCUUUGGCUUGUUGCUCCUCUCUUCCAGUUCUUUCCCGCGUGUCCUCUUUUCUUCGGCCGGCUGUUCUCUGGCACUGGUCGGAUGUUUUUGGAUUUUGAACGUCGGCGUAUUUGCUAGGCGGGUGUUCGCUCAAAGUGUCAUUCUCAAAUCACGGCUGGCGGAUAAGGUUUUGACGUUGCUGUAGAACGGUAGUGGCGUGUUCUGCGGUGAACCCUUUCAGCCCUUUCAACACUGUCCCGUCCUCUGGGACUGUUGCUAGAAUCCGACGGGAGGACGGGUCUACGACCGUGUGGCGCGCAAACUUCUCCGAGCCGUCAUAGAAGAACGUCUUCACAGGCGAAGUCUCGCUCAAGAGAUUUCCUAGUGAAGAUUUGGACUCACUGUAGCACUCGAUGGUACAUUGUCCGUCCCAGGAUAGUCUUCAGUUUAAUGCGCAUGCGUAACGAACGAGGCCGGCUUAUCUUCUGACUCGGGGAGAACUUCAGGCGUUGGGGAUCUGGGAUUUUGUCAGGCACCAGAUCUUGCACAGUGAAUCCUCGGCGCUACUGCAAUUUUGAAGUUGAAAUUUUCGGAAGAAAAUAGAACCAUUUCGACUACUAAAAGUGCUGUAGUGGCGGUCGGUGUUUGAGGCCUGCUCCAAUUGGCGAUUUUCGAACUGCCGACGCAAGUCGAUCGUCGAAGCAGCCAGCUUCUUUCGCGUACCGGUGCGUCGUGUCUCUCCGUUCCUUCUUGACAGUCCACCUGGCAGCUUUUUUUCGUCUCGCUGCUGGCUCCGAGCUUUCGUACUAAAAAGACGAGUCCGUUAUGGAACGUGGGGUCGCGGUGCCACCUGAGGGAUCUUGUGCUGGCAAGAUCACCAGAUCUUCCGUGGAAACAGGCGCGGUUGAACGUGCCGGUGGGAAUGCUCCUACUUCCCCUGUGUAUGAACAGCUGGCUGCCUGUGGCGCAGGGGUGACAACCCCGGUUGUGAACGCCGCGGAUCGUCUUGGAAGCGAGCGGGGGAACUAUCCCAAGUGCGCACCUUGUGAGGAAGAGGAAGCGAAGGGGAUGGGGAAAGUGGCUCUGGGUGGGUCGCACGUGAGUGCUUCCGGGGCUCCACAUGCCGAUCCUGUGCCGGAGCACACCUGGGCUACGGGUUCGGCCGUCAACUCUUCGAAGCCGGGGGAAGUUUCGGUAAACGCGCUACUCUGCGCCUCUGGUACGUCACGAGCAAUGGAAGCUGUGCAAAACGGAGACGAGGAAGACGCGUAUAUGUUGGCUUCGACGCCCGGCACGGAGACUGGACUGCUGUCGAGGCAGUCCCCGUCCGCGUGCGACGCGAUGACGAGUUUUGAACGCGACCGACUUCUCGAGCAGAGACGGCUGGAGGCUCAGGUGCUUCACCUUCAAAGGAAAGUUAUCCUUCAGGAGCAGAUGCUCCUUCAGCAGCAGCAAGCCCAGCUGGCGGGGUAUGCGGUGGAGCGCGGGACCGAAGACAGGGACCCAUCAGACGCAGUGACUGCGCUCUCGAGCAACGCUUCCGGCUCGAAAGUUGGGAAAGAUGAUGGAAAGGCUCGCCGAGGACGCAACGACGUUAAAGGAGGGCUUCCGGGACGGAGUCACUUCCUCGGAGAAAAGUCCAACCGAGGAGGCAAGGGCGCCGGCCCGGCGACUGGCCCUGGACGCUCGAGUGCGGCGUUGGAGGGAGCAAAUGGCUCGAGGCCAGUUUUUGAGACGCGAUCAAGACAAGACAGCCUGCAUGCGAAGUCGCGUAGCGGCAGUGCUGGAGAUGCCGAGUUGCAGGAGUAUGUGUCAGUGAAGAAGCAAGGUGGAAGCAGGAGGAGCGCCGACGAAACCUUCAAGAAGGAAGUGCCAGGGCGGUUGGGCGUGGCAGGAGAACGGGGAUCCCGCAGCCAGUCUUUUUCGGGGUCCACUGCGCAGGAUCCAGGGGACUGCGGCGGCCGAAGUUUGAAGGACGCGAUACCCGUGCAAGACAGUACCCAUCGACCUCAUGACGGGAAGAGAGACAAAGAGGAAGAAAGUGAAGCAAGCGGUUUCACGACGCCCAGUGCAGGACGGACGCUGGGACAGGGCGGUCGCGUGGGAAAUCGAUGCAGAGCUCAGAGUGAUUUCACCGACGGCUCUUUCAAGAAGAAAGGCGGACGUAUCGAAGAUCAAUUUUUCCGAAUUAAGCUGUGCCCCAAGUACAUGCGAGGCCUUUGCCGCAAAGGGGCGCGAUGUUCGUACGCCCACGCCGAGGAGGAACUCCGCGAUGUGCCCAAUCUGUGGAAGACGAAGUUAUGCACGGCUUUCCGUCUUGGGAAGCCUUGUCCGCUGGAAACCUCUUGCCCAUAUGCACACGGCGAGGAGGAACUCCGGUCCACAGCCGACUACUACAAGACAAAAUUGUGCAAGUUCUGGAUGCGAGAAGGAAGAUGCGAUGCUGGGAAAGCGUGCCGUCAUGCACAUGGAAACCAAGAACUUCGCAAGAGAAACUACCGCCACACUGAGCUGGAAAAGUUCGCACUCCGCCACCAUUUGGAUAUGCGACAGUUGUUGGACGAAUUUCGUACUGGGCGCGUUCCGGCAGCGAUUCAGGAGCUGGUUUCCACAAGCACGACCCUGCUGGGUUCUGGAGGACGGAGCCACGGGGGUGCUGUGUCGUUUAGCGGACAAGGCCAGCCUAGUGCGUGUGAAAAUCAAGGUCGCCCGCGCUUUUUCUCUUUCACCGCUGCCUGUGUUGAGCGGAAACCGAGAAGUAACUCAAGGGAGAGCCUCAAAUUCAGGAUCACUGCUGCCUCGGGGCGGGGGUCCAACGAUGAGGGCAGCAGGUCGAGUCGCGACGAAAUUCCACCGACAGUGACAGGGUCAGCUUCUGAAACAGGAGUGAGCACCGGGAAGCAAGGUGGCCCAGGACAUUCGCAGGCCGGGAAGUACAAAGGAAUGCAUGGAGGGAGUGUGACCCACCGGGGAGUUUCGCCAGGAGGCUGCGGUGAGAUGGUCGAGAGCGAGAAACGGGGACGUCGCGGAGGCCCACAUGGCCACUUCCACUCUGCGCAUGGUCAGUACCACGGACCAGGACGAGGGGCGCGUCAGCGCCACGGCCAGUAUCGCCAUCGCUUCGACAACCACCACGCGCACCACCACCUGCACCAGGCGGCUGUGGCGGCAGCAACAGCAGAUGCUCUGAAAGGCGCGCCCGUGGGUGUUCCCUGUGUAGCUGGGGGCGCGUCCUAUGGCCUGGCUCCGGGCGUGACGCCUUUCGGUUCGUUCCAACAGCAACCCUACCCCUACGCUUUGAACUACACUGCAAAUCUGGCGGCGUGUGGUGGUCUGCACGCAGCAGCUGCAGCAGUUGCGGCGGCUGCUGUGGCCCAACAGCACCAGCAUCUCGAAGUGGCGGCGAAGGUUGCGGGAACUCCUUUGUAUCAGGGUGUGAACCCGUACCUCGGUGCACCGUACAACUCGAAUUUCCCUGGAGGGGGCAUUCCGUACUCGGCAUCUGUGCCUUCUGCACCCUACACCACUGCAGGUCCGAACUCAUCGGGGACAGCAGCAUGUGCUUCGGCUCCGUUUACACAAACGUCACGGCCGUACUCACCUCCAGGAGGAGCCUUCUCAGCGAGGACACCGAGCACAACUGGAGCCACGCCGUCGCCACAAACGUCGUACAGUGGUCAUGGCGCCGUGCCUUUCUCACCGCCUUGCUCGGGCACUAGCCCCCGCGGAUCUCCAGGCAGGGACACAGCGACGCCUUCAGCAGUUUUGCAUACACCCGCCGCACCAGGAACACUCUAUCCUGCCGGCGCGGCGACAGCCGAUAUCGGGACAGGUGCCCCUGCGGGAGCCGGAGAUCCGGGAAGCUUCGCGUCUACGACGCAGUAUUCUCAGGGGCAGUUGGCCGGCGCAACGCCAAAUGCGGUGUACAGUGCAAUGCCCGGGUCUUCAGUGACUCCCAGUGUAGACACGCCGGGAAUGUGUCACGGGGACUCCUCUGCACCAGGGACUGAGGGUUCUGACUGGGUCAAUCCGGCGUGUGGGAGAGUCACCGAUAGACUUCGGCAAACCGAAGCGAUGGACAGGGCAUCUCUCGGGUCUCUGUUAUCGGCGGCCGGGCUAACGAUGGCGGCCGGCGGUGCUGGCAUGGUGGAUAGGGCAGGCGCGGCGGACCAUCCACUUGCCAUGUGCGCACUACCGGGUGUAGCAACAGGAGCGUCUUUUUGCCAAUGUGUCACCCCGUCCGGUCCUGCUCCUGCAGGCCUCCCUGGGAACGCCGGUGCAGCCAUUUCGCCAUAUUAUGUGCCAACGUCGACAUACCCAGUGUAUCCUGCGGCGGCGACCCACGCUGCUCCCGUAGCGAGGAUGCAGCCGGUGGCCGAUGUUAACACGACCGUCGGGAGGGAGAACAGUGUACAGAGCGAGUGAGAGGUUUCAGAGAAAACCAACGUUUAUAUCACCAACUGGCUUCCCUCGCGAAUGUGAUGUAACGCCGAAGAAUACGCGGGGGGCCCGCCUGUGGCAGUGACCUGGCUGCGGCUCUCCUGUUGCUACUACGUGGUCAGAUGCAGCGUUUCGGUAGCAUCAUAUCACAUUUCGCUUCGUGGCUUCGCAUACAACAGCUUUGCUCUUCGAGGCAAAGAGGUGAUGAGCGGAGAAUGUCCACUGUCCAUGAGAGGGAUUUUAUCCUCUACAGCAGAACCAGAAAUCGCAAGAGAGCCUCAUGCUUAGGCGACAACUGCGCUUAGAAAAACAAUUUGGCUGUUUGUCAGAACUUCGCUGGGAAGAGUCCUGUGCUUACAGCGUGUUGUGCUAGACGAUUUUGAGGGAGUGUCAAACACACUUCGAGUGCUUCGUGUCCCCGUUGUUCUGAUUCGGUCAAGCGGUGACCCGGACCCCCCCGAAAAUAUAGACGACACAGCAGCAGUAGUUUGCGGCUCAUGCUUAUGAACGCAGGUUGUAGAGGGAUGAGACCAAUUAAUCUCAUCACAGGAUAUGUUCUGGAAGAGUCCUUUCCGUUGGAUCUCAAGCACAACUGUCCUGUUUCAGUACCUCCGAGUCGUAAAAUCGCUGACACGGUGCGCAUCUUUCAAAAGUGUCUCUGCCGCAGUCUCCAAAUGUACGUUUGAUAUAUGUAACCCUCCGGUCUCGCAUUGUGUGACUUUAGGGGGAACGUCUGAAGAGAACUGCGGCGACAGCGAGGGUGCACAUUCCUGAGUUUUAAAGUGGUCGAGGGGCGUCUCCACAUCCGGAUGAAUAUGCAUGCACAGUCAAAUCCAGAUAAGACCAAGGUUGUCUCCUGAGCUGUUCAAGUGCCAUGACGUUGUUUUUGUGCCCGGGCGACGUGUUGGUCUAGUCGGUAGGAACAGCCAAAUAUUCUGUGGCCAUCUUCAUCCCUGGUCCCUAAGUGUUGUGGCAGCACACGGUGUGGCGGCAGUGGCAAGACAUGCGCCGCGAUCGAGAACUCUGAGCACUUGGCAGCUUCUACGCCACAUUCUGUAAAGUAAUUUGACAUAGAAACGUUAGAGUAGUGCACUUCAGAGAAACGAUCACCGUAGCGUCCGUGUUGCCCGUGUAUCGGUGAAGCAACUGCCAUUCCGACUACCAUCAUCCGACUGUUAGAACUUCGAAGCCGCCCCCAUAUGCGCGAGGCAUGCCGUUGCCGGCUAAGCUGUCUGCAG